GCUUAUAAUCGCAACAUGAUUGAUCGCUCUGAAGCACCAAUGAAAAUGGCCCCUCUAAGGCCCUCCCCUCGGAAGAGGAUUGACGUCAGGAUUCUCCGCCCUGUUGCUUCCUCUUUCACAGUGGCCGUCAGCGAGAGACACCAUGAAGGCGUCUGGCACCCUUCGGGAAUAUAAAGUUGUUGGGCGUCUGUUGCCCUCUGCUAAAAAUCCUGCACCUCCUCUGUACCGCAUGAGGAUUUUUGCACCUAAUCAUGUGGUGGCCAAGUCUCGCUUCUGGUACUUCGUCUCCCAGCUGAGGAAGAUGAAGAAAGCUUCAGGAGAGACCGUCUACUGUGGCCUGGUUCAUGAGAAAACCCCUCUCAAGGUGAAAAACUUUGGCAUCUGGCUGCGUUAUGACUCCCGUAGUGGAACCCAUAACAUGUACCGCGAGUACAGAGACCUGACCACAUCUGGAGCCGUCACUCAGUGCUAUCGUGACAUGGGUGCCCGGCAUCGUGCCCGCGCUCACUCCAUCCAGAUCAUGAAGGUGCAGGUGAUCGCAGCCAACAAAUGUCGCAGACCAGCCAUCAAACAGUUCCAUGACUCCAAGAUCAAGUUCCCUCUCCCUCACAGGGUCCUGCGUCGCCAGCACAAGCCCCGCUUCACCACCAAGAGACCAAACACUUUCUUUUAAAGUGCAUAUUUGUCUUGUCAUGUUACUGGCGAAUAAACAAAGUGAAAAAAACAA